GUCUGAUCACCAAUUCAGGAGUGGUGCUUCAGUCAUUUUAAUGAAGUUCUCUGACACAGCUGGCUAUUCUAGUCCCAGAAGAAAAGAGAAGAGACGUUCUGAAGAUCUGGAUGAGACGAUAAAAGUUUGGGGCACAUUAAAAAGAAGCAGUGAAAACCUCAACAAAACCUCAGAUAAUUCAAACAAGCUUCUUGGCUUUGUGGAGUCUUUUUCAGUUGCUCAGAACUUGAAUUUUUACUUCAGAGGAUGAUGGGACAAGGCAGUAGUGGGAGAGGAGGGUUAUGUUGGAUUCCUGCUUAUCUGCCUGCGUCUCCUUCCAGUUGGAAAAAUCUUCAGUCCACAAAAAGCAUUAUUAACAAGACUGAAGAAUACAUCUCACCUGAUCCUGGAUGCUGUUGGCAUUGAGGAUUACAUCCAGUGCACCAGGACCUUAUGGAGGCAGUUCAAGAAAAAUAGAGAGAAGCAAUACUGUUUGCAUUAGUCCUGUGCUGUGUCACAUUUUGGGGAUUGUUUGGAACAAGUGAGGGAUGGCUCUGUCAUUUGGAUCUAAGAGGAUAUUUCGAGUACCUUGAACUACAUAUAUGAUGUUUGGAAGACAGUAAACUCAAAGACUUUCCACAUAAAUUCACUAAAUUUUGCAUUCUCUUUCUUUUGAGAAUUCAGCAGACAGAAAUUGCCUGCCAAAAAGAUAUAAGACUUUCUCUGCGUUUUUGGGUUAAAUGUGAACAAUAAUGUCUUGGAAGAGAAAUUAUUUUUCAGGGGGCCGUGGUAGUGUCCAAGGGAUGUUUGCACCUCGGAGCUCAACCUCCAUAGCCCCCAGCAAAGGCCUCAGCAAUGAGCCAGGACAAAACAGCUGUUUCCUCAACAGUGCCCUGCAGGUUUUGUGGCACUUAGACAUCUUCCGACGUAGCUUUAGGCAGCUUACAACUCAUAAGUGCAUGGGAGAUUCCUGCAUCUUUUGUGCUCUCAAAGGAAUCUUUAACCAGUUUCAAUGUAGUAGUGAAAAAGUGCUUCCAUCUGACACUCUCCGCAGUGCUCUGGCAAAGACUUUCCAGGAUGAACAACGUUUCCAGCUGGGAAUUAUGGAUGAUGCUGCGGAGUGCUUUGAAAACCUCCUGAUGAGAAUUCACUUCCACAUUGCUGAUGAAACCAAAGAGGAUAUAUGUACUGCCCAACACUGCAUUUCCCACCAGAAAUUUGCAAUGACAUUGUUCGAGCAGUGUGUAUGUACUAGCUGUGGCGCCACAUCUGAUCCACUGCCUUUCAUCCAGAUGGUACAUUAUAUCUCUACUACUUCCCUUUGCAAUCAGGCUAUUUGUAUGCUGGAAAGAAGAGAAAAACCUUCACCAAGUAUGUUUGGUGAGCUGCUACAGAAUGCCAGUACCAUGGGGGAUUUGCGGAACUGCCCGAGCAACUGUGGAGAGAGGAUCCGAAUUCGCCGAGUAUUGAUGAAUGCUCCACAGAUUAUCACAAUUGGGCUGGUAUGGGACUCGGACCACUCAGACUUGGCAGAGGAUGUUAUCCACAGCCUGGGUACUUGCCUGAAGCUUGGUGAUCUGUUUUUCAGAGUGACAGAUGACCGGGCCAAGCAAUCUGAAUUGUACUUAGUUGGAAUGAUCUGUUACUAUGGCAAACAUUAUUCUACAUUCUUUUUUCAAACAAAGAUCCGCAAAUGGAUGUAUUUUGAUGAUGCUCAUGUCAAGGAGAUUGGGCCCAAAUGGAAGGAUGUGGUGACCAAAUGCAUCAAGGGGCAUUAUCAGCCCUUGCUACUGCUUUAUGCAGAUCCCCAGGGUACCCCAGUGUCCACCCAGGAUCUGUUUCCCCAAGCUGAGUUCCAGUCAUACAGCAGGAUGUGCUAUGACAGUGAAGAUUCAGGGAGGGAGCCCUCCAUCUCAAGUGACACUCGAACAGAUUCUUCAACAGAGAGCUAUCCCUACAAACACUCUCACCAUGAGUCUGUGGUCAGUCACUUCUCUUCUGAUUCUCAGGGGACAGUCAUCUAUAAUGUGGAGAAUGAUUCCAUGUCUCAGAGCAGUCGGGACACAGGACACCUGACUGAUAGUGAAUGUAAUCAGAAACACACAUCCAAGAAAGGGUCACUGAUAGAGCGCAAGAGGAGCUCUGGCCGGGUUAGGAGGAAAGGCGAUGAGCCACAGGCCUCAGGGUACCACAGUGAAGGAGAAACACUGAAAGAGAAGCAGGCUCCUAGGAAUUCCUCCAAACCAUCCAGCAGCACCAAUAGGCUAAGGGAUUUUAAAGAGACGGUCAGCAAUAUGAUCCAUAACAGACCAUCCCUUGCUUCUCAGACCAAUGUAGCUUCUCCCUUUGGGGGGAGGGGAGGAGGCCAGCAUGACAAAAAACCUCCUAGGAACCUGCCUUUACACUCUCGUGACUGGGAAAUAGAGAGUACCAGCAGUGAAUCAAAAUCCAGUUCUUCCAGCAAGUAUCGUCCAACAUGGAGACCCAAACGGGAAUCUCUGAAUAUUGACAGUAUCUUUAGUAAGGACAAAAGGAAGCAUUGUGGAUAUACCCAGCUUAGCCCCUUUUCUGAGGAUUCAGCUAAAGAAUUUAUACCAGAUGAACUAAGCAAGCCACCUGCUUAUGACAUUAAAAGUAGUGGACCAAGCCCCCAGUACAAGCCCUGGGGCCCAGCACGGUCAGGCUCUCACCUUUUAGAGCAGCACCCUCGUUUAAUACAGCGAAUGGAAUCUGGCUAUGAGAGCAGUGAGAGGAACAGCAGCAGCCCUGUCAGCCUGGAUGCAGCCUUGCCCGAGAGCUCGAAUGUCUGCAGGGAUCCAAGUGCUAAGAGAUCAGCUGGAUUCGUCCCUUCUUGGCGACAUAUCCAAAGUUCACAGCAUCUUGCUUGUAUUCCAGGUGGAGAAUUAUCUUCUAAAAGUGAACUGGAUGAAUUACAGGAAGAGGUGGCCAGGAGGGCCCAGGAACAGGAACUUCGAAGGAAACGGGAAAAGGAAUUAGAGGCAGCUAAAGGGUUUAACCCUCAUCCCAGCCGCUUCAUGGACUUGGAUGAACUGCAGAAUCAGGGGAGGAGUGACGACUUUGAGAGAUCCCUGCAAGAGGCAGAUUCAGUGUUUGAAGAGUCAUUGCAUCUGGAACAGAAGGGAGACUGUGCUGCAGCUUUGGCUCUCUGUAACGAAGCUAUCUCUAAACUAAGACUUGCCCUGCAUGGUGCCAGCUCUAGCACACACAGCAGAGCCCUAGUCGAUAAGAAGUUGCAAAUCAGUAUUCGAAAAGCACGGAGCCUGCAGGAUCGCAUGCAGCAACAGCAAUCAUCACAGCAGCCGAUGCAACCCUCAGCCUGCCUCCCAUCACAGGGGGGGAGCCUCCCUCAGCCGACAAGUGAACAGCCUAUCCCGCUCCAAGUAUUGUUAAGCCAGGAGGCCCAGCUGGAAUCCUGCACAGAUAGAGAGUUUGGAGCCAGUUCUUUGUUCCACUCACCUGCUUCCUGCCAUGAGUCACACUCAUCCCUCUUCCCAGAGUCAUCUGCCCCACAGCAAAAUUCCCCCAGUAGAUCUGCCUCACAGCUUCUGACUUCGGUUGAGGUGGACAACACUGACCCCUCUGCAUUCCAUAGGCAGGGUUUACCUAAAACACCAUGCAGGACUGAGAAGAAUUCUCACCAUGGUUGGGAGCCAUUGGAUGUCCCAGAGGGUAAAUUGCAAGGCUAUAGGGGUGACAAUAGCAGCUGCUGUAAAUUUCCUCCACGAGAAAGAAGAGGCAUUACUCAAGAACAACUGUUCCAAGAAAAGAGGGAUCCCACUGACCCAUCUCUGGUGAUGCCUUGGUCAUGCCCAACUGGAAUAGCCACCUCUGAGAGAGGAGAUGAACACAUCCUAGGCUGUAGUCCUUCAAAUUCAUCAGCUCAGCCCAGCCUUCCCCUGUACAGAGCCUGCCAUCCCAUCAUGCCUGCUACUGCUUCAUCUGAGCGUCACUCUUCUGAUCCUGUGCAGAAAACUAACCACUGCCUCCAAGCCCAAAGCCUCAAAACUUCAUUGACUUCAAAAGUGGAUGGAGGCAGCGAGGAACCUUAUAGGCCAGAAUUUCCCAGCACAAAGGGGCUUGUUCGCUCUCUGGCAGAGCAAUUCCAGAGGAUGCAAGGUGCCUCCACGAAUGAUGGUACAGGUUCUAAGGACAAAAGUUUGUCAGAUAGUUUAAGGAAGAACUCUUCCCUUUCUGACUAUAAGCCUCCUUUCUCACAGGGUCAAGGGAAAGGCCAGUGGUCUUGGGCAAGACAGCAACCCCCUCUGGAUGGUAGAGACAGACUGCCUUCCUGGGAAGAGCCUGCUGAACAUCCUUCGUUUGCCAUAAACUCUGGGCUACCUAAUGGUGAAACUUCUAGAGGAGGAGAGUCCAGUUUGGCAGAGCCAAGUAUAUACCAAGGGAAGCUGUCCCAAGUGAGAGAUGCUAGGCCUAAGGAGCUGGGUAGCAGUAUGGACUUGGGGGCUUCCUUGCCUUUGGAUUCCUGGGUGAAUGUCACAAGGCUCUGUGAUUUUCAGCUUAAACAUGGGGCCCCUGGGCCAGGAAUGAAGUCCUCUCCCCAUGAUUCCCAUACCUGUGCAGUAUAUCCAGAGAGAAAUCACAUCCUUUUGCAUCCACAUUGGAACCAAGACACAGAGCAAGAGACCUCAGAAUUGGAGUCUCUCUACCAGGCCAGUCUUCAGGCUUCUCAAGCUUGCUCUUCUGAAUGGGGGCAGCAGGAUGUGGCUUGGCACCCACUUAGCCAAACAGGUUCUGCAGAUGGCAUGGGGAGGAGGUUGCAUUCAGCCCCUGGUCUUGGUCUCUCAAAGACCCCAACAGCAGAAAUGGAGCACAGUCUCCAUGAAGCUAGCACAGUGCCUGCUUCUCAGGGUGCACUUUGCCGAGGCCUCAGCAGGGAGUAUGGGGAGGAUGAACAGUACAGUGCAGAGAACUUUCGCCGCAUCUCACGCAGUCUCAGUGGCACCGUUGUCACAGAGAGGGAGGAGGCUCCAGUUUCUUCCCACAGUUUUGAUUCAUCAAACGUGAGGAAAAAGCAUUUGGAAACCGGGCACCGUUGUUCCAGCUCCUCUUCCCUCCCUGUCAUCCAUGACCCUCCUGUGUUUCUCCUUGGUCCCCAACUCUACCCUCCCCAACCACAGUUCCUGUCCCCAGAUGUCCUGAUGCCCAGCAUGGCAGGGGAGCCCCAUAGACCCCCAGGAACUUCGAGGAGCGUCCAGCAGUUUCUGGCUAUGUGUGACAGGGGUGAAACUUCCCAAGGGGUCAAGUACACAGGAAGGACGUUGAACUACCAGAGUCUCCCCCAUUGUUCCAGAACAGAUGCCUCCUGGGGACCCCGGUCAGAGACCAACCAGCACAGUGGGGCCAGAUUCCUGACUACUCCAGGGUGCAAUCCUCAGCUAAGCCACACUGCCACACUACCAGAAAGAAGCCAGGGCCUUCGGGUUCCUCAUGCUCAGUCCUGGGGCGAUCUUUUCCACUUACCUUCCCACCUUCGCAUUGUUCACCCUUUGUCUUCACCAUCCAGCAGUCUUCACGUGCCCCUGAGGUCAGCUUGGAAUUCAGGUCCUAGUCCAGGGCCCCGAACUUCUGGUCCUCGAAGAGUAGAUAUGCCCCCGGAUGAUGACUGGAGGCAAAGCAUUUAUGCCUCCCAAUCUGGACACAGGAGGACACGGGGAGAGGGGUUUCUGUAUGUUUUAGCAGAUGCCCCUGGGAAAGAACAGAUCAGGGCUCGAGCCCUGCAGCACAGCUGGUGGUAAGGGUCACUCCUUUCCUUUCCUGGAGCCACACCUUUCUCUAAAAAACUGUGCCUGUGGCAGAGUUGGUACCCUGCAUCCCUGCCAUGGUUGUACUAUUCUCAUCUCAACAUAGAAUUGGCAGUUUCUCCUAGGGCUGCUAGGAACCUCUAAAGAUACCUGGCUCCUUGUGAGGGGAUAUUUGAAAUUCCAACUUCCAUUCCCCUAGCAAAAAGAAGCAGCUGCUGUUUAAGGACUUUAUUUGAGCCACUUUAAAGAUGUAUUCAUGAUAUUACUCUGGACACUAGCCAUUCUUUAGGAUCUUAAGAUCACUAUUUCACUAUUUUAUUCCUGGAUGCUUUUUGCCCCCACCUCCACCUGAGCCCUCAUCCUCUGUUCCCUACUAUAUUCCCAACUUCUACUCCUAUUUUAUCCACUUAUCCCUAUUACCUGACCCUCUAUCUUCCCCAUCUCCCAUCCCUGGAGGGACAUGUAGCCCCGUGGUCACUGUUCUGACCACAUCAUUCAGAACAGCCCACCCACCUGCCCAGGUAUUAUGGCCUGUCAGCCUUCCCUGUGCCCUCAAACCUUAGGCCUAGAAUGUGGAGCUGCCAACAUAACAUUUGCCCUUCUGAACAGAUGGAGUCAGGCAUACUAACAUACCCUCCUAUCUUUAGCAGCAGAGCCAUUACUGCCACUUGCUCAUUCGCCAUUGUAAACCCUCAGAUUCAGCUGAACUAUUUUAGGGCCAAACAUACUGUUUUGUAAAGUAUUUUUCAUUAAUAAAUCUUUAAGAUAGUUCUAUUUAA